UGUGCGCCGGUGCGCCGCGAAUAUUGCGCAUAUACGCGCAUGUCACGUGUAUGAUCAUGUUUAUUGUUUUUGUGAACAUUUCCACAUGAACACACACACAAAAAACACGUGGCAGGCUAGGCGCGGUAACUUGUACUUGUAGUAGUGCACGCAUUUUAGGGAUAUUUGCUUUACAGGUGACGGUGAAUCAUAUCGGCAUACUUAUUUUGUUGACUGAAAAGUGUGCAUACAUUCUGCCGACUUUUAUCAGAGCCUCAAUUUCAAUUUGUAUUUAACCAGGCAAAGAACUACGUAACACAGUGGAGCCUUCAAAUUAUUUUAAUCCUGUUAGAAUUUAACGAUUCACACUAAUUGCAGGAAAGCAGGGAACUCAAACGCCAAACCUACACCCAAUGAAUGGAACAAAACCUCCUCCACCAAUUGGCAAUGACGUUGGCGAGGAUCGGGAGGGAUCAGCCAACUCGGCCGAUGAUUCAAGUGAGACAGGCUCCAUCCCGGAGCGGGAUAAUUGGACCAACAAACUGGAUUUUCUUCUGUCCUGCAUCGGGUAUGCCGUUGGCUUGGGAAAUAUCUGGCGAUUUCCAUAUCUCUGCUACAAAAAUGGAGGCGGUGCCUUUUUAAUCCCCUACUUCUUAUGCCUUCUGGUGUCCGGCAUCCCUAUGUUUCUUCUGGAGGUCAGUCUUGGGCAGUUCAUGUCCAGGGGCUGCAUCAUGAGCUGGCAGAUAUGCCCACUCUUUCAGGGGGUUGGGUAUGCAACGACUAUAGUGGCCACUCUCUGCAAUCAGUACUACAUUGUCAUCCUAGCCUGGGCACUGUAUUACUUUUUCAAGUCAAUGACAUUGGAACUGCCCUGGGCUACCUGCGGAAAUACGUGGAACACGGAUCAGUGCAUAGAAUCCAAAGAGGAGGGAUCUAAAGUUGAAUGCAUGAACUACACUGUUGUUAACGGAACCAACUACACGGACUACAUGUACGCACUGCCUGAUGAAUUCACAGAGGAGGUGAAUCUCACCAACUUCAAUGAAACACUGUUGCCUGACUGUGCCGAUGUAAUUGGGUCCCGUGUGUCUUCUGUGCAGGAGUUCUGGGAAAACAAGGUGCUGCAGUUAUCAGGAGGACUUGAUGAGAUUGGCACGCUGGUCUGGCCCCUGGUGCUGUGUCUCUUUCUAGCCUGGGUCCUUGUGUAUUUCAUUGUAUGGAAAGGGGUCAAGAGUUCAGGCAAGGUUGUGUACUUCACGGCUACCUUCCCAUACGUGGUACUGACCAUCAUGCUGAUCCGUGGUGUCACACUGCCUGGAGCUGGCACAGGGCUCUUGUUCUACCUCAGACCUGACAUAUCCCGCUUGAAAGAUGCUCAGGUGUGGAUUGAUGCCGGGUCACAGAUAUUUUACUCCUAUGCCGUUGGCUUUGGGACACUGACCGCACUUGGCAGCUACAAUAAAUUCCACAAUAACUGCUACAGUUUGUUUAACCUUACUAUUGACAGAGACACACUGAUUGUGACAGCUUUCAACUGCUGCACCAGCCUCUACGGAGGUCUGGUGAUCUUCUCAGUGCUGGGCUUCAUGGCAUAUGAGCAAGACGUGUCGGUUGGGGAAGUUGCCAAAGCAGGUCCAGGGCUUGCCUUCAUAGCCUACCCCAAGGCAGUAUCCCUGAUGCCUGCUGCUCCGUUCUGGUCUUUUCUCUUCUUCUUCAUGAUACUGUUAGUUGGUUUAGACAGUCAGUUUGUUGCAGUGGAGGGCCUGCUCACGGCCUUGGUGGACAUUUUCCCGCGUCAACUCAGUGGCGGGCGCCGGCGGGAAAUCUUCACACUUGUCAUUUGCUUUGCAAUGUUUCUGGCAGGCCUUAUCUUUGUCACAAAUGGUGGGAUGUAUGUCUUUAAGCUGUAUGACCAUUAUUCCGCCAGUUAUCCAUUGUUCCUGAUUGGUGCAGUGGAAGCAGCUGUGAUAGCAUGGGUGUAUGGUGCCAACCGAUUCUAUGACAAUCUGGAAUAUAUGAUUGGCUAUCGUCCCUUUAUCUGGUUCAAGAUCUGCUGGCAAUUCCUCAUACCUCUGGUUGCAUUGGGCAUCUUAGUCUUUGCUUUGGUGAAGCAUGAACCGAUGGAAUACAACGGCUACUCCUACCCGCUGUGGGGCACCCUCAUCGGUUGGGCAUUGUCUGUCUUGUCUGUUAUUCUGAUCCCCAUUACAUGCUGUGUGUUGCUGCUUCGAUCAAAAGGGAGUUUACGAGAGCGUUGGUGCAUCUUGACCACACCACGCCUGAAACCACACCAGAUGCGACCCACCACCGACACCAGCAAAGAUCCAGUCAACUUGGUCUCCUACAAAGAGUACCCUAAGGAAGACGGGAGCCUGUCUGAGAAGGAGAGACUGGAGCUAGGCCUGGGUUGAAUACAUUUAGUUUUACAAGGGAACCAUUUCAGUAUCGGCGAAUGACUAAAUGUAAUGGUAAAGGAUACAACCAAUUCAAAUGACAGUUGUUGACUAGUGGUGUGCAUUUACGGGUAGUACAGGAACCCGGUACCCUAUGGAAGUAAAACACAGGUACCAGGGUAGCCAUUAAAGAAGCCCAACCCAAAAAAUUCAAAUCCUAUGAAUUAGCUUUACGGUGUAAACUGCAACUUUCGCAAGCAUCAUCCAUCGCGCAUUAAAUUAGGCGUAAACAUGAAAUCUGUUUUGAUUUUCCAUGUAGCCUGGUUUUUAUGUUGAAAAUUCCCCGAAAAUGGCUGCUUAUUCAUUGUCUGAGAAGUUAUUAAGUAAUUGGUAUUUGGUUACCCAAUCCCAUUAUCUGGAACCAGUGCCUAGCAUCAGCGGUCGAGUACUCGGGUACCCGGUUCCGAUGCACACCCCUAUUGUUGACUUUGGCAGGCCAGCCAAGUGAGCAAACUCUAGUGUUGUAUGCGAGAAGAUAAAAGUACAUGUACAAUGUACGGUAGACAGAUUUGGGGGCAUGGAAGAAAUGCCAUGGGUUACAAUAGGCAGAGCCACGUUUGAUGAUCAGUGUGAAAGGUGCUUUCCCUCCUGAUUGAUUUUUGUGAUUCUUGUUGAAGUCUACAGCCUAGUGUCCUCACAAUACCUGACUUACCGACUCCCUGACUGACUCUGGUUGUGAUAACUGGUGAACACAGCUAGUCAGUGCUGUCGUAUUGGAUUAUCCUGUAAUGUGUUAUAUCAGGCCCAUACACUUUUUUCACAAUUAAGCCAUAUUUGAGCGUUUUCCCUGAAUUUUGUUUACACAUGUACGCGAUUUUGUUGUCACGUGAUAAUGUCGCACGUGUUUAUAUACACGCACAAAUCAAUGAGCACGUUUACAUUUACGGGACAAAGUCAUGCGACUUAUUGUGCUAACUAUUUCAAAAAUCCUGCAAAAUAUCAUGUGUUCGUUCACACACACCCGUGUACAACAUUGCCGCGCGACAGUCGUUGCAACAAAAUCACGUAUGUGUAAAUAGGCCUUGUAAACCGUUAACUGGGAUGGUGCCAGACUAUUUAUGCGUUCCAAGCCUAAUUUUCAAAUUUUUUUUUAAAUGUGACUUAAAACAAUUAGCGUAUCAUUAAUCACAAAAUUUUAAUUUUUCGUCGGAUCAGACUGGUUUAAAUUUGUAAUAAACUUUAUUUCAUUACUUUCAUUUCUAUUCCCAAGUUCCAAAAAUGAAGAUUUUACCUCGCUUUCAAUAUAAUAUGGCCGACCCGUGAAUCAGGCCUAUUUGUGUAGACCAGAUGCAUGAAAAGACUUCCAGUGAAUAGCCAUUCAGAAUCAAUUAAGUAGAAUUGUGUGCUCUCUGGGACCAGCUCUACUAGGCUUGCUUUGUCUUGUUUGCAGUCUUUUGUUUCUUCAUCACACAAAUGCAUGCCCUGUAAGGUUCCGUGUCUGAAUGUUCUCCGAUCAUUUUAUUUAGCUGAUGCAAUCUAUGAUCACCUAGACGAACAUGCUUAUACUUUUCAAGAAAUGUUGUUUUGUUACAAAGUAUAAAUUUGUAUCUGGAACCCAAACCAAGAGAAUUAUAGUAUAAUUACAUUUCUUUAAAAGUUAAGUAUAUGUGUACGGGUUAUUUUAUGUACUCAUGUGCAGCACAAAAUUAAAGGUACACAUCUACCGGUACAAGUACAAUGUUCAUGUACGUUUGCCUACAGAGUAGUGCAGUUCUACAAAAUAAAAUGAACUCUGUUGUAACAUGUACUGUAUGUUAUUGCAUAAACUUUCAUAUAUCUCCAAACAGCAUUUUUAGACUAAAGUGUUUUUUUUUUAAUUCAAACAUAGGCUAUGCACAAAGUGCAAAUCUGUGUAAGCAUUUGUUAAGAUGUUCUCGUUUUAGCAAAUGUAUAAAAAAAACACGAAAAUGUAUUCGUUACUAAUAGAUUGAAAAUGUAAUUCAAUAACAUGGAACAAUUUAUAAUAGAGAACAUUUCAACUAGAUAAAUCUGUUUUACAAAAACUAUACUAUAUUUGGUUAAACCAAGGAUUUAUGAUUGUACUUUGGAAGUAUAUCUAAUGAGUACUAUAAUUGAAAGAUCUAUUUAAAAAAUAAAUGCAUCACAAAAAAAUAUAUCCUCAACCAAAAAAACCCAAUUAAGCUGCUAUAAUUGGACAAUCUGUGCACAGAAGACGAGAUUUAAAGAGAGAAAGAAUCAUGAUUUGUUAAUAUCCCCACUACACACAUCCUUCAUCAUUCAAUGUUGAACCCUUUCCUUACCAUGGGCGACUUUUGUCGACAAGGAAACCACACACAGAACACACUCGACACAGAUUUAUUCACUGCUUUCAGCAAGCUGGCAUAUUGGUAUGUUUUGCCACCCAUACAUACACCAUAUUUAUCAGAUGAAAGAGUGUUUUCGGAUCGUUUUAAUGAUGUAGUUAAUUAUAGUGUUGCCAUUACAAACAUUUAAGAAAAGUGCUUCUUUGAGGUAUAGAGUGUCAUGUGGUGAAAUGGCUUGCAGUUUGAUAAUGGGACCAGAUACCAAAAAAAAACAGGCAUAACUUUCUUAUUUUUGCACAUUAUGGCCUUGGUUUUUACAUCAAGAACAAUCUUUACACACAACACCAUUGAUUUUAAUCACUCCUUGGCGGUGACUUUUCAACUUGUGGGCCAUUUCUCAUGUUCUAGUGAUUUCCGCACGACUGAGCACACAAUUUGGUUCCGGGGAGAGCCAAGUCAAUAAACAAUGUGGUAAGGAAAGGGUCAAGUUGGGCGACACUACAUUCAUGGUGAACAUGGCACUUUCGAUUAAAGCCAUGUUCAAUGAAUAUGUGCACAUUGUGUUAGCUUGACAUCAGCUGCCAUUACAUUGGAACUAUGUAAUUACUAUCAGCAGUACAACAUGUAAAUUGUGCGUGAAUUACAUUGAACACUUGGAGGGACAACUGAUUACUACAUUGCUUGACAUCAGCUGCCAUUACAUUGGAACUAUGUAAAUAGUAUCAACAGUAUAAGAUGUAAUUGUGCGUGAAUUACAUUGAACACUUGGAGGGACAACUGAUUACUACAUUACUACUAUUCUGUAUCACUUAACUGGAGAGCUAGUAAAAAACAGUAUAGUCGGACUCCCUAUUAUCGCGGCAUCGGAAAUUUCUCGUUUUGCGUUGCCAAAACUCCUUCAAGUGGAAAUUUUUAUCCAGUUCACCAGGCAUUAAGGACUUUCUGCCCAGUUGUAUAAAAAGGACGAUUACAAAAUGUUGUGUCUUUCAGGACUUUUAAUGAUUUUUUUAAUAAAUAUUCACGUUUUCCAAAACUUGAAAAUGUUUCCUCACCGUGUCUGCUAAAAGUUACCGUAUAUAUUUUAAUAUAAUCUUUAAUGGUGCUCUGUCAAUGAAAGUUCCAUUGCUGAAAA